AUGCUAACGCUCAAAUAUUUCUCUUUGAAAGCAAGAGGAGAAGUUCCCAGGCUUAUUUUGACAGCAGGAGGCGUUCCGUUCAACAACGUAAAAUACGAUUUCACCGCGCGCCCACCAAAUCACCCGAAAAUCGCGGCAAAAGUAGCUGAGUACAAAGAAAGCCCAGCCGAUUUCACUGGGCGCCAAUGGAUGGAAAACAAGGGAGACUAUCCAUUUCAAGCGCUUCCAGUGCUGGAAAAUGUUCCGGAAUUGGAUGGAGCGCCUUUUCCGCAAUCAAGAGCGAUUGUUAGAUACUGCGCGAGAUUGGCAAAUCUUGAGGGAUCUGAUGAAGCUACAAAGAUAAGGGCGGAUAUUUUUGCCGAAAGUGCUUAUCAAUGGUUCGAAAAAGUGUGGAUGAAAUACACAAUUCUCGUUGGAAUGGAUCAAAUGUCCAUGAAAAGUGAGAAGAAACUCGAGCGAAUGGACAAAUUGAAAGGAAUGAUGGAGGGCGAAUGCGAAGACUACCUCGAAUCGCUUGAAAAACUCCAUGUUUCCCACUGCGGCGAGAAUUCUCCAUUUUUCGCCGGAAAAGAAGUCACUUAUGCCGAUUUCCAACUCCUUGUUACUUUCGAUUUGAUGAAAGACAUGGGCUACGAAGAAUUGAUUGCAGAAAAUGCUCCGAAUCUAGCUCGAAUCGCAAAAUCAGUCGCCGCCCUGCCUCAAAUCAGUGAAUACAUAGAAGAGAAUCAAGGAGUCGCUGUUGUUGCUGCUGGAAUGCUCUUUUGA